AGACCCGUUUGGACAGAGAGGGUUUGUGCUGUAAACAGCUAAUCACUGCCACAAUGACAUCUUCAAGCUCUGCCCAGCAUCCACCAGCUGAGAACGCCUGCAGAACCGCACUCAGACAAGUUAACCAGCUGCGACCCAAACCGCCGCUUCUGAAGAUUCUGCAGGUUGCGGGCGCCCAAGGUGAAACCUUCACGCUAAAGGAGGUCAUGCAUUACCUAGGACAGUAUAUAAUGGUGAGGCAGCUAUAUGACAAAAGACAGCAACACAUGGUCUAUUGUGGAGGCGAUCAGCUGGGAGAGCUGCUGGGGCUGGAGAGCUUCUCUGUAAAAGACCCAAGCCCAGUCUAUGACAUGUUGAAACGGAACCUGACUGCUGCUGCAAUGGCAGAUGCUGCACAGAAUCUCGCAAAGGAUCAGAGCGUCGAUAAGCCAAGCCAAGACCAGCUGAAGUUUAGCCAGCAAGAAGGUUCUGACACGGGCGUCAUGGAGGGUGAAAGCAAUUCUUCUGCUUUGUCUACCUCAGAGCAAAAAUGUGAGAAUUACGAAGACAAAGACUUAAUAGAAAACCUCUCUAAAAGCAAGAAGCCUAAGCUGGACCUAGUGUUUGAGGAAUGGGAUGUAGCUGGUCUUCCAUGGUGGUUUUUAGGCAACCUCAGAAGCAAUUACAAGUCCAGAAGUAAUGGAUCAACAGAUAUUCAGACUAACCAGGACAUCGACACUGCUGUUGUUUCAGAUACUACUGAUGACUUGUGGUUCCUCAACGAAUCUCCAUCGGAUCAGAGCAGUGCUGCAGUCAAGGUAGAAGUGGUUGACUGCGAAGAAGUGAAAGAAGAUGACAAAAAGGUAACAGAGGAUGAAUGUGUGCAUGACUUGGAGGAUUCUCAGUGCUUAAGUGACGACACAGAUAUAGAAGCUGCAUCUGAGGACUGCUGGCAAUGCACCAAAUGCAAGAAAUUUAACUCUCCAGGCAAACGGUACUGUUACCGCUGCUGGGCCUUACGGAAAGACUGGUACUCAGAUUGUCCCAAACUGGCUCAUUCUCUUUCUCUGUCCAACAUUGAUGCUAUGCAAAACAAAAAUGAUGAUGAAGGGAUCGAUGUCCCAGACUGCCGGAGGACUAUUUCUGCUCCAGUCGGCCAACCCAAAGACCUGUACGUGGUAGAAAACAAAUCCCAUGUAGAUCCCUGCAGCUCUAUUGAGUCUUUGGAUUUGGCACGAGAAUGUGAAAGCAAGAAGUCCCUGUUGCAUUUCGCUGAGCAUAAAAAGGAGGAAGAAAUACAAUCUUUAGAGAGUAUUAAAAAAUUACUAAAUCCUUGCUUCUUAUGCCAUCACAGACCACGGGAUGGGAAUAUUGUCCAUGGAAGGACUGCUCACCUUGUGGCCUGUUUCAAAUGUGCAAAGAUGCUGAAGAAAAAGAGAUCACCUUGCCCGGUGUGCAGGAAGGAGAUUGAGAUGGUGAUCAGGAUCUUUAUGGGGUAGUUGUGCCAGUUCAGGCCUUCUCCACCAAAAGAUAGCACAAAGAUUUUCUUGCACUCGCACCCUAACUUCAGAGCUCGGCCAGUGAAUACCAAAGAGAAACAAGAUUCAAAUCUGAGCAAGAACACUGAGGAAUCUUCUGCAAUAAAUUUUCAAUGUCCGUCUGAAUUAAAGCCCACAGGGAGCAGGGAGUGACUGGCACGUUGGCAUCAAUGCCCCAGCUUUGAAAUUGUCUAAAUUUAAUAUUUUCAGCCCAGUGGUGUCACUAGGAUUCGCUGUUCUGACAACUGGUCCUUGAAGAAAAGAAGUUUUGGAAAGAGUUUAUAAUUUUGGCUGUUGGAAUGGUGAUCUCCAAUAAGUCAAACCCUGUGCAAUGCCUUCUGAGGGGGAAGUCUGCAUCUGAGAUAGAUAUAUAUAGAUAUAUAUAGAUAUAUAUAGAUAUAUAUAGAUAUAUAUAGAUAUAUACACAGGACUGGGAAAGAGGGUGGGAGGGAGGGGUAGACAGAGGACUUUGCAAUUUAGAUAAGCCAUUUUUCCAAGGAUCAGCUCUCCUGAGGACGGUGAGAAGUAAAUAACCUGGCUUCUGAUUUUGUUUGUUUGUUUGUUUAAUGUAGAUUUAUUAGAUAAAGUAAAGGUCCUCUUGCUCCCAGACUUGAAAUAAAUUCUCCCAAAUUUUAAUCCAUAGCUAUCUCAGGUCACAUAUCAAACUGCAAAAGAAUAGGGUGUUAUAUAUACUUCGCUUUGUUAUUGGAUCUUCUAAUUUCUCUAGAUUCUUUUUUCCAUUUUAGUACAGUUCUGUGUUCUCUUGCAUGGCUUUGUGGAGGCCCGUCCAGCUUUAGCUCAGUAUCUGUGCCAGCUGGAUUAAAUUAUUAUAACAGCUCUGUGCAUGCUUCGGGAUGUUCUCAUAGCUCUGUGCUUACAGCACCAUUGCAGCUUCUACCUGCCUCAUGUCAUGAGGCCAGCCUAGAUAGAAGAUGCUCACUUUAGAGUGUAGCAUGGCUUUAAAGGCAGGAUAUGGGCCUUUGAGGGAAAAAAUUAAGUCCCGUAAAACACCAGUUGCAGCUGGUUAGUCUAUGGGCUGUGCUUGGUGUUAUUUUUUUUUUCAUUUUCUUCACUAAUUUUUCUUUCCCUGUGGUUUAAUGCUUCAAAUCUGUUGGCAGCUUUUAUGUUGUCCUUCAGAGCUAUGUAUGGUUGCUGUAGUGGCUGUUAAAACUCAGCUAGAACUGGCAGUUGGAAAACGUCUAACCCUGUUCCGAGUUCGUAGAGUGUGCUCACAUCUUCUCAGCCUUCCUGCUCUCCAGGGUUUGGAGGGCCUGCAGCACGCAGCAGCAGCAAUAGUGCCUUCACCUUUCAGGUGUACAGGCAUUUGAACUCAAUACAGAGUGUAGAAUAAACCCUGUUUUGUCAUCUUCUCUCUAAUUCCCUCUCUAAUCUAGAAAGUUACACCUGAAUAAAAAUAAAAGAGAAGGGAGUGCUCAUACCUUGGUGCUUCUCUAGGCUGUUUUCCACACUCCUUGUGCUGGCCCAGCCCGAGCAGGUCAGGUGUGUGCUGGAAGGUCCCAGCAAACUGCAAUGUCAAAGGUGUUUUUCUGCCAAGAUAUCAGAGUAGGUGCUAUAUGCAGUUGCUGCCUGUCACUGCCAAAAGGCAGAUCCACCUUCUGUUUUGCAUAGUAUUGCAAUUAUUUCUCUGUUGGCGGUCAUUUAGACUAUUGUUGUUGGUUGUUAUUUACAGUUUGUAUUUUAAAAACGGGAGGGUAGUGCACUAUCUAUAAGUCCAUGGGAAUCUAUCCACAUGGAAAAGCUGACUUAUUGCUCCCUUAACUAAAAGGGCUGUUAAGUUGCUGGUGAUGCACUUUAAUCAUGCUAAGAUCAGCAGCGUCACUGCCUGGAAUCACCAAAAUGGAGUUCCUGCCAGGUAGUUUCUUCCCUUUUCAGGUAGUUUCUUUCUUUUUAAGGGUCUCGGGCUCAGCAGGGUGCGUUGUGGCACUUUGUGGCACUUCCGAAUACUGUGAAUUCCCCCUCAAACCGAUUGCACCUAAGAACGAAACGUUUUGCUAAAAGCAGUUCUACUGAAUUGUUCAGAUCCGACCACACUGAAAAGCGUGUAAUUUGUGUUGAUGACAAAAACAACCCAACCAAUAGUCAGGAAAUAAGUUCCAGUAAUGGGAUUGAAUAUCCCUACCAAAAUCCUACGGGGAUCUGUACGCAGCUUCUUUUAUUAAAUGAAAAUUGUUGUCAGUGUGGCAGUUUGUGAUAAAAAGCAAGUCUGCAAGAUAACUUGCAGUGUGACGAUCUUUGUGUCUUCUUGUUCCGUAUAACCACGGUGUUUACAACGUGCAUUUGUCAAGUUUUUCAUUCUUUUUUUAACUGAAAUAGUUAGUGGACAUAAGAGAUCCCAGUGUAACAGCUGAUUUUCCUUCCUAUAGAAGAAUAAGCUAUGAGCAGCGCAAGCACAUUGUGUGUAGCUGUAAGUGCCCAAGUUGUGGCUUGGGCUUGGGGGGGUGGGGGGUGUGGGGAGGGAGUUUUAGUGCAGGAGAAAACCAGAAGAAUAUUAUACUGCUUUAACUUAAAUCCAAGCCUGAACGCAGUUUGCCAAGAACUGUUCUUCUGACACUUUUAAGGAAGUGCAGUCUUGAGUUAUGGGUUGAAGAACUCGCUCAAAGCACUCGACUACAAUACUUACGUUGCAGCACAGAUGAGAAUUGGCCAGGCAGUGCUAUUACUUUCCUUUCCUACGGACAUGGCCGUUAACGUGGAGUCCUAAUUCAGAAACCCCUGUUUUGGAGGAGCUGAGCAUUUACCUGAAAUAGUGUGAGCUUUGUCGGUGUCUCGUAGUGGCUGACAGUUCUGUUCUCUUACAGUGGUUUUACUAUGAAGUGCAAUAUGAGAGAAGAGGUCCUUGGUAAUCUUUAGCAGUCGUUGCUGCAUGGCUGUUAGGAGAAGCAUUGAGCGCAGCUGUCUUUCAGUGCCCAGACUAAAAAGGUUUAUAUGGUUCACUGUUUGGUUGUUUGGGUUUUUUUAAUUUUUUUUUUCUCCAGUGACAUUGGUUGUGGUUCCUCGGGAACCUGCUGAAGUCACACUGGCACAAGUGUACCUGUAGGUCAGGUUUCAUUGACUAGAUCCCUCUGCUUUUCAGCCAGAAGUUUUUGGCACCAGUUAUCCCCAGAAGCAGCAGAUUUCUUUCUUUAGUGGGUAUUUAAAUACAGUCAGAACCAUGAUGCUCACAACUGUAUAGUCCAUUCAGCAACUGUAGUGCUCUGCGGUGUGAAACCAUACCUGCACGUGAACUGUAGUGACAACCAGAGGUGCACACGUUGCCUUUACUGCCCAGUAUUUCCAUUUUAAGUGCCUCUUCUCGGUUACUCAGUGACUCGUUUACUGACACACAGCACAUCAGCCUUUUCUUCAGCUCUCUUCAGAAGUCUCAGCGUCCCUCCUCCGCUGAGAUGUAUUAUCGAGCCAGUUUAGCCUAAACAGAGCUGCUACAUGAAUUACAAAGAUCCUUUGGAGCAGCUCCCCAGAGUGCUUAUUUCUUCUGAACAGUGAGUGUUUCCACAAAGACUGCGAUGAACUUCCUGCCUGUGUUACGUAUUGUUUGUGGUGCACGACUGUGGUGGAAACCAUAAUGUAGCUUGCCAGGGUCUGCUUCAUCCUUCUGCAUCCAGCAUAGAUUGUAUCUGUUAAGGAGAAGCUGCCCUUGCAGAGAAAAAGUGACUGUUGGACAAACAGGAGUGGAAAUGGAGUGGAAACUGGCUCAAAACCCAUCAGGGUACCUUGUUUUUUCCUGCUUACACUCUGCCUCUGCUGCCUCUGCUGAGCUUCAUCUUCUGGUCCUGGAAGAAAAACCAAAAUGCUCUCACUAGAGGCCUUCGGUGAAGGCUGACCCUUUUGGAAGGUGCCAGUGAUUGAAGGGAGAGCCAGAGCACUGGUCUCCGUUCUGUCUUUGUAAACUGAGCAAAACCCCUGGAGGCCUGGGCGUCGGGAAGCAGCCCCAGGAUCCUUGAGAAGGAAAUAACUGUGAGGCUGUUCUGUCAAGGGCAAGAAUGAGACCUACAAAUGAUAACGGGGAUGAUAAACUGUGCGUUUGGAACAGCUCCAGAAGCACAGGUGACCUUCAGACAGCCACUUCUGUGCUCUGGAAAUCCUUCUGCAGCUAUCAGUCUACAGUGUCUGGAAUUUUCCUUGCUCCUUUGAAAAACAGGCGAGACCCUGCUUGUGGCUACAGGGCAGUGUCUGGCCAGCAGCACCGGUGGGGUUCCCCACCCCCUGGGCUCACCUCGCACCCCUCUGCACCUUACUCUGAGGGAUACAGGCAGCUGUUGUGGUUGCAGCCCCGUUUUUCUGUGCUGUUUUUAACCCCGGCGAUGUGCACUUGCUGCCCACACAUCUGUGGGGAUGCCCCGUGCCUGCCCCAGUCGCUGAGCGGGGCUUCAGGACGGUGCAGCCGGCUGAGCUCGGCGAUUAUCUUCAGAGUCUCCAGCUCCUAGAAAACAUAACAGCAUCUGAGGAUCGCUCUGAGGAGAUACUUGAAGAAGGCAGGAACAUGUUGUACCUCUGACAAAGAUAAAGACUUGCUGUUCUGGAAAGAGUGAUUUCCUGCUCCAUCUCCCCACCACUUUCCCUGCAGCCCGUUGUUCUCAGAUAUAUUUUUCUUGUUUAGAAAAACUCCACGUCUCGAUACACGCCCACACAGUCCCUGCAGUAACGGGCGGGAGCGCUGGCUCAACAUCAGUGUGUUUGCACUAUUUAAAA